CAGAAGAGCUCCGCUUACUGUGAUGAGCCAAUCCCAGCUGCCGUAGCGCAGGAGGCGGGUACACCUUGGACAAUUUACCAGCCUGUCGCAGGGCUGAUGGACCGUUAACAUAACAUGCAUGUUUUUGAACUGUGGGAGAUUAUUUUGCAAAGGUAUCGUGAGACUGGGCGCAGGAUUUACUGUGAACGUUUCUGAUUGGUCAAGUACUUGCCCCCCUCCUGCUUUGGGCUCCUUCCUUUAGGGAUUGCUGCAGCGGAUCGUGUGUCCAUCGAACGUUUUCUUAAGCAGCAUUGUUUUCUGUCACAGCAGCACUCUGCAUGUCCUCUUUCACUACUUCCACAAAAACUUUCUGUGGCCUUUUUUGUUUACUGUCUUUCUAAACAUAACUGAAGAACAGGAUAUCUGACAGAUAGAAAAGCAAAGUCAGGUUUUAUUCAUUAGUUAAUAAGACCAGAUUCAUUAAUUAUGCUGAGGACGAAAUCCAGCAGGAAGGGGAGUGAUCCAGUCAGGGUCACUGUUACUGUGCAGAACAUGAUCAAUGGGGUGUUACUGAAGUCACAUUAGUCUUUGAGUGCUUUUAAAUGAUGUGUUAUGGUUUUGUUAUGUGUGCCUACAAAGCUGCGUGUUAUUCUUUCUCUCAACAGGCAUCGUCAAGUCGCCCCUGGCUGGAGACUUCAUGAGCAUGCAGUGCAGGGAGCUGUUUCAGGAGCUAAACGUGGAGAUCAUCCCUCCCUACAUGAUCGCAUCGAAGGAUCCAGUGCGGGAGGGAGCCCAAGCCAGUUGGAAGAAAAAGGAGAAACUACCUCACGUCACCCGCUCUUGGCACAACUACAUGUGUAAUUGUGUAAUCCAGGACUUCCAGGCGUCAGUGCUGCAGGUGUCAGACUCUCCAUACGAUGAACAGGUUGCUGCCCAGAUGCCCACAGUGCACUACGAGCUGCCCAAUGGCUACAACUGUGACUUUGGAGCAGAGAGGCUGAAGAUCCCAGAAGGGCUGUUUGACCCCUCCAAUGCUAAGGGACUGUCUGGGAACACCAUGCUAGGAGUUGGCCACGUCGUGACAACAAGCGUGGGAAUGUGCGACAUCGACAUCCGGCCUGGUCUGUAUGGCAGUGUGGUGGUGACGGGAGGAAACACGCUCAUUCAGGGCUUCACCGACCGACUGAACAGAGAACUCUCCCAGAAAACCCCUCCGAGUAUGAGGUUGAAGCUGAUAGCAAACAGCACUACAGUGGAGCGCCGGUUCAGCGCCUGGAUAGGAGGCUCCAUCCUGGCAUCUCUGGGAACCUUCCAGCAGAUGUGGAUCUCCAAACAGGAGUAUGAGGAGGGAGGAAAGCAGUGCGUGGACAGGAAGUGCCCUUGAUUUGACCCCCGAUCCUCAUCGUCUUUCUCACUGCAAACUCAACUUUGUGAAUGGUUCCCCCUCUGACCCAGACUCAGGAACACCUCGCUGUUUUAUUUUUGUACGACUUGUUUUUAAAACCGAGCUUGUCCAUACACCUGUCUGGGAUUUGCUGUAGAAAACAAACAUCUGCAAUUUCAGCUCCUCGAGCUCCCUGAAAGUCGGCCGGCUGCCUUAUCUGUAAGUUGUUGGUGGGAACCUUGAAUCAAAACACGUUUCUGAUCAAAACGACAGAAGCCAGAAUGAUUUGUGCAGAUCUGGUAAACUUGGGAUGAUUAGGAUGCAUUUGGAAAAAUAACCUGUUAGUUUGACGUGAAUAUCGUCUCGAACCUUUUUUUUCUUCCUAUGUAGCAGGUCAAGUCCUCACAGGUAAAGGCCAGUGCGUUCCUACCUGUGCUUACUGGUAUUAACUCAGAUCUGUAUUUAAUUUUCAGUCUUGCUUGUCAUUGGCUUCAUGUGGUCUUUUACAAAUAAAGUUUUUUUUAAUGAUUA